AUUUAUAACAAGCCAGGCAUUGUGUGAAAACUAGUGAUUAAAUAAAUUCAAGCCUGUCCUCGAGAGGUUUAGUUCCUUUGGGUAUAUUAAUAAAUAGCAAGCGGCCCCAUUUCGCAUCAAACUCUCUUGUGCGUCAUAAGCUGUCUGGGACCAGCUUGAAAUUCGCGCGGGCUGUCUCUUUAACGUGUAAUAGAACUCUGAUUGCAUCGAUCACAGGCUCAUUACCCUCUCUCACCCAUCGGUCUCUUUUCUAUCCCGGUUACUACCCUCCUACUUGUGUCAAGUCGUGGGGAGCGCAGAUGUUAGUAAACGUUGGCUUUGAUGUGUGCCGGCACCUGACCCCGGGGCUUCCCGCUUGCCAGGUGGCGGAGGCCAGGCUCUCUACGGAGCGGGCGGAGCCUCGGGGCUCGGCUGGCCAUGCCUGAAGCGCGGGGUUUGAGUGGGCCGUUGUUGUAGUGACCGCGAGGCGCUGCCGCUCCGGGCAGACGGUUCCGGGUGCCGCACGGUCCUACGGCGCCCCCUCCCUUCUCCCGAUUCCCCACACGGGCAGGAACCAGGAGCCAACCGCUCCUCCCAUGGCCUCAGCCCCGGAGGACCCCGUUCUGCAGCGUUAUUUUAAGGGCCACAAAGCGGCGAUCACCUCCGUGGACUUUAGUCCCGACGGCAAACAACUUGCUACUGGUUCUUGGGAUACGUUUCUCAUGCUAUGGAGUUUCAAGCCGCAAGCUAGAGCUUUCAGAUACGUGGGUCACAAGGACGUUGUAACCAGCGUGCAGUUUUCUCCACUUGGAAACUUACUGGCAUCUGCUUCACGAGACAGGACCGUUAGACUCUGGAUUCCUGAUAAGAGAGGGAAAUCCUCUGAAUUUAAAGCUCACACGGCUCCAGUUAGAAGUGUGGACUUUUCAGCCGAUGGCCAGUUUCUUGCUACAGCUUCUGAAGACAAAUCUAUCAAAGUGUGGAACAUGUAUCGCCAGCGCUUCUUAUAUUCUUUGUACCGACACACACACUGGGUUCGCUGUGCCAGGUUUUCACCUGAUGGAAGACUAAUUGUAUCAUGUAGUGAGGAUAAAACUAUUAAAAUCUGGGAUACCACAAAUAAACAAUGUGUUAAUAACUUCUCAGAUUUUGUAGGGUUUGCACAUUUUGUGGAUUUUAACCCUAAUGGUACAUGCAUAGCUUCAGCAGGUUCUGAUCAUACUGUGAAAAUCUGGGAUAUAAGAGUGAACAAGUUACUCCAGCAUUAUCAAGUUCACAGCGGUGGAGUUAAUUGUAUAUCGUUCCAUCCUUCGGGUAACUAUCUCAUCACUGCUUCUUCAGAUGGUACGCUUAAGAUUCUGGACCUCUUAGAAGGAAGGCUAAUAUAUACACUUCAAGGACAUACGGGGCCUGUCUUCACUGUUACAUUUUCAAAAGGUGGAGAGCUGUUUACAUCAGGAGGUGCAGAUGCACAGGUCUUAUUAUGGAGGACUAACUUUGAUAAACUGAAUUGUAAAGAUGUUAUUAAAAGAAACCUCAAAAGAUUACACUUUGAUUCACCACCACAUCUUCUCGAUAUCUACCCAAGGACACCACAUCCCCAGGAUGGAAAAAUUGAAACUGUUGAAAUUAAUCCAAAGCUUGAUGUAAUCGAUUUGCAGACCUCUACUCCCCCUGUUGUGGACAUCCUUUCUUUUGAUUCUACCACAACAACGGAAACCACUGUUCGAACUCUACCAGACAAGGGUGAAGAGAUCUGCGGAUAUUUCUUGAACCCUUCUGUAAUGUUAUCAGAAUGUUCACCUACAACUUUGAAAAAGAAAACAGAAGAAAUGAGUGACCUCCCUUCUGAGAGUCAACGAAGCAUACCGCUUGCUGUGACCGACGCGUUAGAGCAUAUCAUGGAACAGCUCAAUGUUUUGACACAGACUGUUUCAAUCUUGGAGCAGCGACUGACUUUGACAGAGGAUAAGCUGAAAGACUGCCUUGAAAAUCAGCAAAGGCUUUUCAGUGCUAUCCACCAGAAAAGUUGAAUCGAAAAAUAUGAGCAGAGGCACGAGAAA